GCCACGAUUUGAGUUUGCGCAAACGACCUCUCUACAUAUCAUUGAUUGGACAAUUUACAAUCUGAUGAUCCUUUCGCAUCGUCAUCAUCAAACCUCCCUUCCCGUCGUUCAUGGUAGCAUCAUGAGGUAUUUGUCUAAGAGGCAAAGAAAGUGCGAAGUAAACUGGUCACCCAGGAGACAAUUACCCUCUCCAGAUAGAGUACCGCAGUUAAAUUUGCCAAGAUAUUGGGAUCCUCUGAAAUUGACAUCUUUAUCCUCAUUCACUUCCUCACUUUAUGGUUUGUGAAUCUCUUCUCUUCUCCUCUUUCUCUCUUCUUUCUCCCUCGUUCGCCUACCGACCACAAUAUCUUCCACAUCACCUGCGAUUAUACAUCAGACCUCAGCUCCGCCUCUUCUCGCCUUCUCGCCUUCUCGCCUUCUUCCCUCCUACCCUUCUUCCCUCCUGCCCUCCUGCCCUCCUACCCUUCUACCCCUCUAGGCCACAGGUCUCUCGUCUCGAAAAUCGAGCGACGCAAAGAACCAUUUCCCAGCCACACUUCCACAGCCAGAAUCUCUGGGGCGGUUGAUCCUGGGAACGAGCGUGGAGAAAAAAGAUCAUCAGAUAUAAAUUCACAUCCCAACAUCGACAUCGGUAUCGACAUCUAAGCCACCUCUCUAGUUUGCCCAUCGAAGAAGAGAGUCAAGGACAGAAAUUAAUUCGCCUCAUUCGAAAGCGUAAAAGUUAAUCCUCGACCUGUUCACAAAGCACAUAACUCUCCUGCCCUUUGGAUUCCUACGAAGGAUCUCUCAUUAAACCAACCCCCUUGUCACACAAUACCUAGGAACUCGGUACAAUUUCAAUAAUAAUUUUAUUACGACAAUUACGACAAUUUACGAGAAUCACUACGAGCCAAGUCGACAAAUCAACAACCAGCACCUGCUAGGCUCACGGACGACGCAUGGGAACUUAGAUCUGAACCACCCAAUUCCAAUCGACGAAACCAAUCCCCUUGGUCUCGGAAAGGAUCUGCUCACUCUGAACGCAAAAAAAAAGGGUGUCAGUUCUCAAUUCACCUCGAUAUUCUCCAAUUCAUCAACAUCAACCACUUCAAUCAUUGAAGCGCCAGCAUCCAUACUGCUCCGCGCCAGUCCCAACACCGGCACCAACACCACCAUCAGCUGGGUCUGCAGGAAUAAAGCCUGACUGUACCUUAUCUGCCCUACCUAUUCCCUAGUCCGUAUUUUAUUAUACGACCACAACCACGCCCACGACUGCGACCGUCAUUUAGUCAAGAUCCACCCUCGAACGACAAGUUUCGAAUCAACACUCCCCCCCAUACAUUGUUUGUCAACUCGAUAAUACAAAACAUGGCUCCAAACGAAUAUAACCUUUAUACAACCAAGCGAGCGGCGCGACAGGAAGCGUGGCAUGGUCCAGGAACAGAAUGGAAUCCUUUUUCGAAAACCACUCGACGAAGUAGCACAUUUCCAGCCCAAGUUCCCGACGAAGAAGCUUUAAGAGGAUUAGGUGGAUCUGGUUUACGAACGAUAAAUACCGAACCACGAUCAUCAGCGAGCCAAGCACCAUUCUUCAAUCCAGACAAUGAAGGUACAGCAAUGGAAAUGCAAGAUCUCGAAAAGUCGGCUGCAAAUAAUGAUGGACGUCCUAGCGAUCCAAGUACGGAAGCGACAAUUGUUGGAAGACGAUCGUCGAGGCAACCAAGUGUAGAAGAAAAAGCUCGACGACGAUUCCUUGACAGAUUUACCAAGAAGGGUAGAGAAGAAGUAGAUGGUGAAGAGAAAAAGAAGAAAGGUGGAAUCUUCAAAGGAAAGGAUAUCAAACACGCGCCUUUCACCUUGAGGAGUCAAUUGCAAAAUACCAUCUUUAAUUCCUGGAUCAACAUUUUACUUAUCGCUGCGCCAGUCGGUAUCGCACUCAAUUACGCUGGAGGGGUAAAUGGUAUUGUUAUUUUCGUCGUCAAUUUCAUUGCUAUCAUACCAUUGGCAGCUAUGUUAGGUUUUGCUACAGAAGAAAUUUCUCUUCAUGUUGGUGAAAGUUUAGGAGGUUUGCUAAAUGCUUCUUUCGGAAAUGCCGUCGAAAUGAUUGUCGCCAUCAUUGCCUUAGCCAAAGGAGAAGUUCUCAUUGUUCAAACUUCUUUGGUUGGUAGUAUUUUAUCCAAUUUAUUACUUGUCAUGGGAAUGUGCUUUUUCUUUGGAGGACUUCGAAGAGAAGAACAAUUCUUUAACCAAACCGUUGCUCAAACCGCUGCAAGUUUAUUGGCCUUAGCUAUUGCUAGUGUCAUUGUUCCAACCGCCUUUGAUUUAUGGAGUGAAACAACCGAUGCUCCAAUUGCCGCUAUCUCUCGUGGUACUUCAGUCAUCCUUUUGGUGGUAUACAUUGGUUACCUUUACUUUCAAUUACAUACUCAUUCUACCAUGUUCAAUGAGGAAAGUCGAAAGGUACCAAUGAAGCCACGCAAGAAUGCUUUACCACAAGGGGCAAUUGCAAAGAGUUUGGCAAAGGCGGGUGGAAUUGGAGCAGGACCUGGUCGAGCAAAUAUUACCGAGCGACCACCUAACGAUGAACUCAUCAACCCAAAUGCACAUGAAGAAGAUGAAGAAGAUGAAGGUGAAGAAGCCCAAUUACACAUCUUGGUUGCUUGGGCUACUCUUGCGAUUUGUACUGCCAUCAUUGGAAUUUGUGCAGAAUUCAUGGUUGAUAGUAUUAGUGCAGUUACUGAAGGGGGUGCCAUCUCGGAAGAAUUUGUUGGUCUUAUUCUUCUACCUAUUGUUGGAAAUGCUGCUGAGCAUGCCACUGCUGUCACAGUUGCUUGCAAGGAUAAAAUGGAUCUUGCAAUUGGUGUAGCUGUUGGAUCUAGUAUGCAAGUUGCUUUAUUCCUCAUUCCUUUACUGGUUGUUAUUGGAUGGAUCAUGGGCAAUGAUGCUAUGAACUUGAGUUUCGAUGGUUUCCAAGUUGCCGUUUUAUUUGUGGCUAUCUUACUUGUCAAUUAUUUGAUUGGUGAUGGUAAAAGUCAUUGGUUGGAAGGGAUGCUUUUACAAUGUCUUUACAUAAUUAUUGCAGUAUGUGCUUGGUAUUACCCAGCAACAGGUGUAGCAUAAAUCGAAAACAUCGAAAUAUUUAAAUACGUUUAGCUCAAUUGAGAGUUAAUACUUCUUUCUUACAUUGAGUCUGACGUUAUUUUCGACGUCUACUACCAUUACGUCUAUUAGCAUUUCGAAGCUAAUUUUAUAUCAACAAAUUUGAUAUUUCAUCUCGAGCAUUUUACUUGUUUUCGGAAUCGAAAAAUCAAUUACAGUUCAUAUUCGACCUCGAGUUUUCAGUGUAUACACACGUACACAAUUCAAUAUUUAAUGUUUAUGUCAUUCUUUUUAUUAUUCGCUCUUUUCAUAUUUUUCAAUGCCGAUUGUAUAAUAUGAAUACCACCUUUUUUCACGCAUGCAUGUACAUAUCCCACAAAAUUGCGGGCGUUUUUUAUUCGAUGAGAUUCUUUGUUCAGUUAGAUGGGUGUUUAGGAGUUUAAAUUUUCGUUCUUCUCUUCUAAGUUGAGGUGAAGAUGGAGGGAGAAAUAAAGAUGGAGGGGGAAAUAAAGAUGCAGAGAGGGGAGAAUAGGAAAGGAGAGGAACAUUAGCUUGAGGAGAAAAUAAGAGAAUGAGAGUAUGGAGAAUGAUUGCAAUGGAUACCAAUAUAGAAUUUUACAAGGGAAUUGAGAGAGGGAUUUGUAGAUGUUAGAGUAAAAUAGACGAUGAGAUAAAAAAAGAUAAC